ACACAGCAGACGGCCAAAGGUUACGCACGCAGCGCUCUCAGUGGAUAACCCGCGCCUGAUUCUUGUUGACAUCCACCUCAUUCUCCCGAUAUUGCGUAAACGACAAGCAGGGGGAACGCCAAAGUUACUCAAGGGUGCGACUUGGACGUGGUGUCUGAUGUAGACUCGGUUCUGAGUUGAUCCCGCGCGGUCCCCCCUCCACUCCACACCGCUGACCUUCUAUCAUUUCUCGACAGCCGGGAAAGAGGCGCUGGUCGCGGGCAUGGAUGCCGUGUGGAUGCUCCCUGUGCUGCUGGUGCUCCCGCUCCUGUUAUGGACCAGCAGCACGUUCGUUUUCUAUUUCAAAAAGUGCUUCUAUGUGGCGUACAUGAUGCUGCUGGCCGUAAUCGCCAUACCGAUUUGCAUUCUAAAAAGCGGCGGCAGGGACAUUGAGAAUAUGAGGGUCAUCCGGUUCUUGGUUAGCCAUGUGAAGUACUUCCUUGGUCUGCGCUAUCAGGUCAGCGGUUGGGAACAUCUACAGACAGACAGACCCUACGUCAUCAUCUCCAACCACCAGUCAUCACUCGAUGUGCUAGGCAUGAUGGAGAUCCUGCCAGACCGCUGCACGAUGAUCGCUAAGAAGGAGCUGAUAUGGGCUGGGACAGUGGGCAUGAUUUGCUGGCUGGGAGGAAUCGUCUUCAUUAACCGCCAGAAGACCAGCGAUGCCAAGAUCGUCAUGAGUGACGCCGCCAAAACCAUGUUGGCCGACAAGAUCCGAUUGUGGGUGUUUCCAGAAGGCACACGGAAUCAGAACGGCGGGCUUUUGCCUUUUAAAAAGGGAGCGUUUCAUCUGGCCAUUCAAGCACAGGUUCCCAUCAUACCCAUCGUCUUCUCUUCCUACAGUAACUUCUACCUACGAAAAGAGAAAGAGUUCAAAUCAGGAACCAUCACUCUGAAAAUCCUUCCAAAGAUCGAGACAAAGGGACUGACGGCAGAUGAUGUGACGCCGCUCUCCGAGCAAUCGUUCAGCGUCAUGCGUUCAGCCUUCCUGGAGAUCUCCGGCCAAACCUCGCAGAGCAACGGGCCAUCCACCCACUGAGCGCCCUUUCAUUCGCCCCGACAACAAGGAUGGCUUGAGACUAUGUCGUUGUGGUUGUGGUGGUGGUAAUCAUGACAACCAGGCGCUUUAGUAUCCUCUCCGACGUCCUCAUGAAGCAGGAACACAUGUCCAUACAUUCACCUUGACUACAGUACAUACAGCAGAUGUUAUCUUAGCCUAGUUUUGAUCUCCCGUUGGACUCCAGGGGGGCGCUAAGCGGCGGAACGGCGGGUUUUUUCUGGCGUGAUGCUUUAACUGUGUCCUCUUUGAUGUUGGUUCGGCUCGAACUGCUUUGUUGAGUUUUGGAGCGACUUCCUGAGAACAUUGUGGAUGUGCGUUCGACAUGCAUGCCUUUUCUAUGUUUCUCUUCCUUUCAGUGAUCUACAAAGACUCGUUUCGUUCAUUUGUGUAGGCUGCUUUUUCUCGAGGUACUUUGCUUGCAUUAUGGAAAAUCAGUGACAGACUUACAAUUCGUUUUACUUCUGUCAUUUUUGUUGUUGUUUGUUUUCGUAUGCAAGUCUUAUGCAAGAGUAUUUUUCUUUAAAUACGCCCCUUUAUUGUUUUAUAUAACUUUGAUUUAUUGAUUUAUUGACCAAAAAGAUUGAUUUGGAAAUGUCCUAUACAUUCCAGAGUAAAGCUUUUUGUGUGGUGUCAACCAAGGAUUCAGAAAACGCAAACAGAUUGUGCGCUGACUAUUAGUUCUGUUUCAUUUUUGCCAUUUAAAGGUUUAGUUUGUAACGAAUAUUUCCAUUGUCACCGUUAUCAAGUGCGGCUUCUUCCUGUGCCAAGUGUCCAAAGAGUCGCAGCCGCUGGCUGCGUAUAAAGGUAGAAUAUUGUGGAAAACACUAUUGAUAAUUGAUCUGUGAUCAGGAUUGUUUGAUUAGCGUUUAGGAGAGAAAUACGUUCCAGUUGACUUUAGUUCAGUGCUUUGCUCCUUUCCUGUUUUGGUUUGUUUUCAGGCUACAAAAUUUAUUUAAUAUUGUUCAAUCCUUUUUGUUAAAACUAAAAACCAUUUACAAGGGAAUUAUUAUUAUAAUAACUAAUCGAAAAAAUAAUUAUCUAACACAUUACAUAUAGACUAUGGCGUUAUCUAAGCAGCCAGUUUAAAUAAAAUGUGUUUAAGAGCCAUUAUUAUUCAGAUUUUGAAGAACAAACUCAAAAAUCAAUUUAUUUUACAUUUACAAUUUAUUUUCAAAACCUGCUGUAAAAUUGUCCCUUGGAAUUAUUAUAUAGUAAAUUGCUGAGGUUUGUAAUAUUUUUAAGUGGAUGUUGACAUGAGACAUGGAAAGAUGAUCAUAAAAUGGUCAUGCGCUUAUUUUUGAGGGCUGCUCAUAGAUCAGGUAUUAAACUUUAUCCUCAACCUUAAGUUUAACUAAGGAAAUCCAUAUAAAAAUAGAUAUAUUUAAAUAUUUGAAAAUGACAUUCACAAUUUAAUCUUAAAAUGAUCAAUUAUUUAACACAUAUUUAUUAAACCAGACUGUAUUGACCGCUUAUGGCAGUAAAUUAAGAUGAAUAUUUGUAAUUACUUUCAAAGACAUUUCUAAUCGCAUUGCAUUGUUGAAUCUUAUAUUUAAUGCUUGAUGUUGCAGUUCUUAUUGUUUGUUAAGAAUGUAUAACAUCCUUAAUUUAAUAUGUACAAUAUUAUUUAAGAGGACUGAAUUGUACGUAUCACAUUAUAAUGGCUUGUUGAGCUGAGAGACAUUUUGCUUUGAACGAAUGUUCAGUUUGGUUUUUGCUAAAUGUCCAAAUAAGGCCCUGUUGUUGUUAUUAUUAUUUAGUACAAAUUUAAACACCAAUGCAAUUUUUGAACCCCCCUUUUAUGUUGUGUAUUCAGUCACAGAUUUUAUAAGCCCUGUUUUCAAUGUCAGUUUUGCCCUGCCGACUGAAAACCGUGCUGCGUUCACGAAACGGUGUGUACAAGGUGUUGUGUGAUUUUCACCAAAGCUAUUAAGGAUUUACAACAGGUGAAGCUUGUAAACGCUCUGAUUAUAAGAUCCGUUAGACGAACCUGUCAGACAUUUCACGGGCAGCCUUGUGUAUGUGUGUGUAUGAGUGUGUGUCCAUUGUGUGUGCUGAAUGUGUUUGUAUGGUGACCUGACACACAAAUGAGUUAAAGCCCAUUGUAAAAUCUGUAAAGUCAUAUAAGACGAUGAUUAUACAUAAACAUGUUGAUUGUGGUAGAUUCUGGAUGCAACCUGUGUUAAGAACAUCUAGGAGAAAGAGUCAAUAAAUCAUCUGUUUUUCCAAUAGGAA